GUGAGUCCGAAGCCUUUGGCACUCCAGCCCCUCUUCCAGAGCACGUACUCCGAGAAGCCUCCCGGACCUAGUAAACGUCUCGAACGAGCCAUUAUGGCACACAAAGACACCACUAUUAAGUACCUGCUGAAGGAGAACUCAGAUCUCAAGCAAAUGGUAGACCAGUUGAAGAGAGAGAAGAGGGAACUGCAGCUCAGACUCGACUCAAUCGCAGCGACCAAUGGCUUGAAUGGGACGGAAGGGAUGACUGCGAGUCCGAUGACCACAUCCGCGCCAAUGAAGACAAUGGACACACCGAUGGACACAAUGGAGACACAACUGGAGACCCAAACGGUCAUCGAAAUGGAGUGUGAAAUGGUUGGCCACUCGCAGAGUCAUAGGUGUGGACCUGAGAGCAGAUACACGCGGAAGACGUGCACCGAAAUGGUGGUGAAGUUGUGGCGCGUAUUGAAGACACUGAAGGACUUCCAUAAGAGUCAACAAGAGUUGCACCAAAAGGUGUCGAACCAAAUGGUGUCUGAGUUUAACGUCAAACUCAACGACAAUCGCAUCAAUCAGUUGAUCCAAACGGCAAUCGACGACAAACUCAUUAUCGCCGAAGAGACGGAUGACUCGCAGAUCAGAUAUGUGGCAAACUUUGAUCGGCAACUGUUUGGUCGGCAACGCACUGAUUGGCUGUGCUUUGAGUGCCAUUUGGCGAGUGAGGAUCCGGUGCUGAUUGGGUGCACCACUUGUUUCCGAGCCUUUCAUCUGCAGUGUCUCAAAGUGAAGGUCAACCCCAAUGGCUAUGAAUGCGGUUAUUGCGAGCGUUUGGUCCAAAGGGACACCACUUUGAAAGUGAAUCAAAUCCCCAAAGCAUUGCUCAAUAAAUGCAUUUGUCUUUUGCUGAACAAUCUUGAGCUCAGUUUCGACUCACAGAUGACCACCGAUUAUGAGGUGGACUCGACUCCAAGAGCUCAGGUCUUUGUAUUCAAAGCCAUGCAUUUGGCGACCAUUCGCGAGAAGGCGACGAACGCUAUGUACGACUCGUUGCAAGAAAUGGUGAAUGACUUCAAGCACUUCCUUCACAAUUACAUGGUUUGCGUGGACUCUGAGUUCAAACGAAAGCUCAAAGAAGUGGUCGAAUUGGAUAAGAAGUUCACUCAUGAGGUGAAAGAGUUGACGCUUUAUGUGGACUGUUGUAUGUAUUCGUUGGAAUCGUCAUCACUUGAACACAUCCAACACACCAUCCAUUGCUGCUAUUGGAUCCCAUCAUUGGCACACAUGGAGCCCAUGGACUGUCCCAUCUGUGACGAUGCCUUCACUACUUCUGAGACAUUGAUACUUCACUUACAGACCAAUCAUCCAAUGAAAAAGUGUUAUUCGUGUCCAACAUCUAAAACUGUUGCCAUUUACAAUGGCGUGAAUAAGACAAUUGCGUCACCGCUUCCCAAACACAGCACAGAACUGAACCAAUUAGUGGUUCAGUUGAAUAAACACAUCAACGAGUGGCAGAGUCUGAAACCAAAGUGCAACCGAUGCAAAGAUGUCUGCGAUUGUGAUCGGGAUCAUUACUCUUAUGUAAUACUUGAGUGUGAUUCAGACAAUACGGAUGACAUGACUGCCAUAUCCUUUGAGGAAUUCCUCAAAUGCGUGAGAUAUCCAGGCAAAGGAAUAAAUGACAGAAUCGCUGAUCAUUUCAGACCCUAUCUUGUCUAUGAUGACGACAAACCCAUUAGUGCUCUCAUCCGUGAAAUGGCAGAGAAAAACAAAUCCGCGAUUACUGUCAAGUGUGGCAUUGAUCUCACGGAGAGGGAGGCCUUCAUCGAAGAGACGCUUAUGAUUAACGCAAACGGAUUGCAUAAUCUCUGCAACGUUAUCAAUGGCCAUACAAUCAAAGGUCUAGAGAUGACAGCAGAGGAAAGGCGUCAAUUUGGAUCGACUGUACUCUAUAAAGGCUACCAGUCUUUGCAGAAGAAGCAGUUUUUCGAAAUGACACGAAAUCCAAAUAAAAGACUUGGUAUCAAAAACUAG